AUGUACCAGGUGCGCCGAAAAGGUGUGAGUCACAAUAGACUGAUCGCACUCACGUUCGUCAUCGUCGUCGUCGCCACUGUCGUUCUUUCCAGCGCGCCGCGGCGACCGUCACGCGGUGGCGUCGCGGUGGCGUCGACGUGCGCGUCGUCGUCGAGGCAACUGACGGACUGGCUGGAAUACCAUCGAGCCAUCGGCGUGACGCGCUUCUACAUUUUCGAAGAGGGAAUGGGGACGACAGCAGGUCGAUGGUCGCCCGACGUGUACGUUUUUAGCCGGAAAACAGCGGAUGAAAACCAAAAGAACUCGCCUUCGCGAUUCGCGAAGUGGUUGGCGCCCUACGCCUCGGGAAACUCUACGUGCGGUGCGAACGCGCUUUUCGUGCGCCAAACACUCAAUCUUGAAUUGGCUAUCGCGCGAGCGAAGAAAGAUGGCAUCGAAUGGCUGUUGCACGUUGACGUCGACGAGUUGGUGUACCCCGCGGGUUCGUCGACGCUCGACUUACGAGACGUGCUUGCGCGUCAAAGUCCACACAUCGACCGCGUGGUGUUCCCGAACUACGAAGCGGUACCUGAACGCCCAUCAUACGAGCUUAACGAGCCAAAUACAUUCAAAAGUGUGACUUUAUUCAAAAGGAAUCACUUGCACAUCGACACGGCGACGUACGCUCGAUUCGCGCAGAGUGCGCGACGCGAUAAUCCAAACUUCUUUCUAGCGUACGCGAACGGUAAGUCUGCGUGUCGAGUGUCCUCUCCAGGACUUCGACCUAACGGUGCGCAUCGAUUUAAAACAAAAGGCGGUGGCAAAGAAGUGACGACGUCCGAAAGUGCCAUCCUACACUACCCUUUUGUGAGCGCCGCGCGUGCGCGCGAACGAGCGCAUCGAUGCGACUGCACCGACGUCAAGGAAUGCUCGAUGUUGGCAUUUGAUCUCGUGCUUGCGAAUAAGGUACGAGGUGAGGCGGCGGAUUUCGAGUCGUGGUUUGACGAGCGAGUCGUGGAAAAUAACUCGACUCGCCGCGAGGCGCUUCUCAAGGCGGGAGUCUACGCGCGGAUUCACGCGCCGACUUUGCUCAUAGGCAGAACUUGA